AUGAGAGUCCAGAUCAAGGCCUACCACGCCGUCGCCGAGUGGAAGUGGGAUCUCCCCAAAGGCAUGGACAACACCUGCGGUAUCUGCCGCGUCGACUUCGAAGGCACCUGCUCCAAGUGCAAGUACCCAGGCGACGACUGCCCCAUCGUGAUCGGCGAGUGCACCCACUGCUUCCACAUGCACUGCAUCACCGACUGGAUCCAGUCCGACGCCAGCCAAGGUCGCUGCCCCAUGUGCCGCCAGGUCUUCCGCGAGAAGGCAGCUGACACCAACACCACCAAUGCUGCCGCCGGCCCACGCACUCCAGCCCCGGGCUCAGCUCAGCAGGCACGUCGUCCAAACCGUGGCGACAGCUCAGACUCGAGCCGCUCGCGGUAG